UAUCCUGCGCGCCGUCUGUCAGUCUGAGCUCUGGGUGCUGCGGUGCGGUGGCCGUCGAUGAGCUGUGAGCGGGCAGUCGGUGGCGGAGCGGGAGCCCGAUGGGAGGAGGGUCGGUGCGGGUGAGGCGGCUGAUGAUGGUGCUGAGGAAGCUGCUCAAGUGUUCGCUGCGGGACUACGGUCUCUGCCUGGCCUCGGUGCUGCUGCUGAGCCUGGCCUCGCUCUGCUACCAGCUCAACGGCGGCGCCCCGGCCCUGCUCCUGGAGCUCCGCAAGUACUUGGGCAAUUCCUCUUUUCUGGAUGGGUAUCAUCAUCAACCCCUCAAGGUUGUGCCUUUCCCCAGCCAGCUGGUUUACAACAGAGUCGGAAAAUGCGGAAGCCGGACCGUGGUGCAGCUGCUGAGGGUUCUAGCAGAGAGAAACCAUUUCAGCCUUAUAAAUUCAGACAUUCACAACAAAACCAGGCUAAAUAAAAAUGAGCAGAUGGAAUUAAUAAACAAUAUCAGCAUUGGAGAACAACCUUACUUGUAUACACGACAUGUCCAUUUCCUCAACUUUACAAGGUUUGGUUUGGAGCAGCCUGUACAUAUCAACAUAAUCAGGGAUCCAAUUAAUCGGUUUGUGUCAAACUAUUUCUUCCGACGUUUUGGGGAUUGGCGAUCUGAACAAAAUCAUCAAAUCCGAACACCAGGGAUGAAAGAUGAAGAACGAUACAUGGACAUCAAUGACUGCAUUUUAGAAAAUUAUCCUGAAUGCAACAAUCCUAGGGUAUUCUACAUUAUCCCAUAUUUUUGUGGGCAGCAUCCCAAGUGCAGGGAUCCAGGGGAAUGGGCUCUGCAGAGAGCCAAAGAGAACAUGAAUGAGAAUUACCUGCUUGUAGGAAUUCUAGAAGAGCUGGAAGAUGUACUGCUUUUACUGGAGCGACUAUUACCUCAUUACUUCAAGGAUGCCAGCGCUAUUUAUCACAGCGCAGAGUACAGAAAACUUGGAAAUGGGACAAUCACUGUGAAGAAACAAAAACCAUCCCCAGAAGCACUGAAAGUGCUGUUCCAACGAAUGCGGUAUGAAUAUGACUUUUAUAACUAUGUCAAGAAUCAGUUCCAUUUAUUGAAACGGAAAUUCGGCCUGAAGACUCGAGGGAAAGCUCCAUCUAGAGAGUACAUAACUCCAUCCCAAGUGGUAGGACCUGACCAUAUACAUGAUGAUGAUGACGACACAUGGUUGAAAAACAUUUAUGGAUGAUUACAACUAGCUACUUUUUGGGGGCUUCAGUGUGUCCUUUGUAUUGGACAUUUCACAAGGAACUGCAAUUUGGUCAGGAGAAGCUGCAGUGCUGGUCUGUUCUGGAGAUUAGAUUAAAACAUUCACAAUUGCAGUCAGUCUUUGCCAGGCAGAUGUAUGUAACUUACACUUUUCAUGCUAUUGCAUGAUUUUAUUUUUUUUUCUAAAGUUUCUUUACCAACUGCUGUACCAGCAGGUAAGACACUUUUUAACGACUAUAUCUGCAUUUUAAAAUAUAUAUUGAAGGAUUUAUUUAGUUACAUUUAAAAUAAUGCAAAGAAGAUAAUAUUGCAUUCUGAGAAAGCUACUAAUCCAGUUAGAUACUAGCUCAUUUUCCUAAACUUUUGGAUCUUCAAACGGAAGAUAGUAUCCAAGGAAAUAAAAUUGGACUGGGGCAUUUUGUAGUCUUUGCAGGACUGUAUUCACAUUUGUGAUUUGCCAGAAAAUAAAUGAUUUGAAAGCACUACACAGCUGUAAGAUUGACAAAAUGUAAGAUUAUUUGUUGGUUAUAUUUUCAUUUUUCUCAAACUUUGUCAACCGAAAAGUCUAAUUAACAGUACAUACAAUAUACAAAGCAGAAACAGAUUAUUUGGCCCAUCCAGUGUUCAU